AUGAGCACUCAAACUUUUUGGCUUCUCAGCUUUGUCAGUUUGUUUCUUGUUGGUGGGUUCCGAUCUAUUCCUGCUGUGCCAACGGUGAUCGAAAUCGCUUGGUCGCGAGGAGAUUUGCUAUCAUGUGUAGCACACCGGUGUCUCCACCAGAAGUCCUUCCAAAAGCACAGAAUGUCAUUUGAAGAUGCCGAGCUCUCACUCCGCAAAAUUAAAAGACUGCUCUAUAUGAAGCCACUGUUCCCCCCGGCGUUUCCUCAAGAGUUCUCUGACAAGGCCAUUCGAUCAACAUGUGCUGUCAUUGGAGGCUCUCCUUUAUCUCCACAUAUAUCUGCAACGGAACAGAGCCGUCUGGUCGACGAAACAACAGACCUAGUCUUUCGACUAAAUGUACGAGUACCAGAAUUGCUCGCGGCAGAGGGUGCGUCACCGCCCCUGGGCAAGCGGACUGAUGCAGUUUUCAUACAACGGGGGUCUCUGAGAUCCUUUGAACGAUAUAUUCAAGGAUGGGGAGGGCAAAAUGCAAGCCGAGGGACUCUCCGAAAACAGGCCGGCGAAGCGUUUAAGGCCAAAUGGCAUCCGACGAUGCUUUUUCGCCACGAAUGCCCAAGUCGAUUUGAGUCCUGUCCCAAAGCCUGGCAUGCCCUCGCCCGGUCCUCCUUACCCGCUUGGUCCGAUCUUCAUGUUCUGCACUACGGGCUCGAAAUGAAAACACAGAUGCUGCUUCACGACUUGAAUGUAAGAAGAAACUUUUCUUUGGCAACAGACGUCCCCACCACUGGCAUCGUUGCUAUUGUAACUGCAUUGCACAUUUGCAAAGCUGUGAAUGUGUUCAUGUUCAAUGGAUCGAUUACUGGGGACGGCGAUGUACCAACUCAAGAUGUGUGGCGUGGCCACAAUCUAAAAUCAGAACGGGCUCUGCUGCAAUGGCUUGGUACCUGCACAGGGGAAGAGUUUGAAAUAUGUGGAAAGCUCACAAUCUUUUCAUGA